AUGGCUAGUGUACAACCGGGCCAUGCUCAUGGCGACUUUCACGAUGACGAGUCUCUCCUGGACGAUGAUUUGAUUGAUGCCGACGAUGCUAUCGAGGCAGACGACCCUCUUCACGAGACCUCUGAUACAGCCCCUCUACGAGGCAACAUCGAAUCCGACUCCGGCGCCCGCGGUGGCCGAGCGUCGGGUUAUGGCAACUAUCUGACUUCCUCCAUCCCGGGUGAAGACCGCCGUGCGACUCAGAAUACCAUCGACGAGAGCGUUUGGGCGACCUUAUCGCGAGAUCUGCUCGCGGUCUGGGAGAAGAUGCGCCAAGUGCUGUGGCCCAAGUAUCUGCUGGGAGGCAUGAUGCAGCGCAGCGGAGGGGGUAUGGGCGAUGCCGCCGAAAGAGGCGAGGCAUCUGGAUUUGGCCGCAACCUACGCGGGAUCGUGGGUCGCUGGCCAGAUGCCGACGUGGUCUUGCAGGGCGGCAUGAGCGAAGGCUUGCGUGAUUGGGACCUUUGGGGCCCGUUGAUUUUCUGCUUGGUCCUGAGUUUGUUCCUAUCCAUCGCGAAGGGAGAUCAGUCGUCGCUGGUAUUCUCCGGUGUCUUCUGUAUUGUCUGGCUUGGAGAAGCGGCUGUUACUCUUCAAAUCAAACUCCUUGGUGGCAAGAUUUCUUUCUUCCAGUCCAUCUGUAUCAUCGGUUACACGCUAUUUCCCCUUGUCAUUGCCGCUCUCCUCAGUGCAUUGGGCCUGCCAACCAUCGCCAGAAUACCGGUCUACCUUGUUCUUGUUGCAUGGUCACUGGCUGCCGGAGUCAGCAUCCUGGGCGGCUCGGGUGUGCUCCGAAACCGAGUUGGUAUUGCGGUUUAUCCACUCUUUGUCUUCUAUAUUGCGAUUGGAUGCCUCUGUUUUAUUAGUUGA